UGACAUCACUUCCUUCCCAUCAACAUAUUGAAUAUAUUUUUGUACCUGCGCAGAAAAUAGUGACGUAGAAUACAUGAUAAACAGCUUGCAAAGAUUUGAAAUAUUUAGUUUUAAUUUUUUAAAAAAAAUAGGAAAUUUAACAUCAAUCCAUGGCUCCCCCGUUGGCGAAAAAAGAAAAAGCUAGAAAACCAUCCAGUACGUCUGAUCCAUGGAUCGGUUCUCGACUUGUGGAGGGGCUGAGAGAAAGUAUAUUUAUGGAGUACUUAACCGAAAAGGACGUGGCGUUGGUUAUGUUCUACGACCCAAAGGAGGGAAUGUGUGACUGGUCGAAGAAACAUUUUCUGAAGGCUGCCAAGAUCACAGAACGCGAAAACCACGGAUACGCCGCUGUCGACUGCACCAAGGAGGCGGACGUGUGUGAGAACGAGAGCGUCCUGUCCCUCCCCACGUUCAAACUCUACUCCCGGGGCAAGGUGAUGGGGACCUACACCAACCCCUUGGCCUUCACGUACCACACCAUGGCUCGCUACGUCGAGAACGCCCCUGUCUUAACGGAACCUCCAAGGCCUAAACGACCAUGCGACAAGGAUUGAAAUGGACACUAGGAAAAAAAAAACAAAUAGAUCGAAAAAGAGUUUCCAAAAAAGUAACAAUUUUUCUAAACCCUGAAUUGUUUAAAAUGUUUACGAUGAAGAUGUGAACCAUCGGAAUGUAAAUAAACGAAUUUCACAAGUUAUGGGCAAGCAACUGCCAAGAAAUAGUCGCCAACUUUCAGUUAAAAUUAUUUCAUUGUCAUCUCCCUUUAUUUAAAAAAAUGUAAAUUCGACUCACCGCUAUUAAAAUCGGGAGCAGUUUUUUUUUUUAAUUUUAUUUCUACAGCUUGAGUGAAACAAAUGUUUUUUUUAUGGUAAAUAAAACACACUUUUCGGUUA